CUUAGGAAUGUUGGUAGGCUGUUUAUCUCAAUGACAUUCUAGUUGAGUUAACUUACUAAAUUAUCAUUUUGGUAACAUUUUGUUCAUCAACAUUUUUGUGGAGUAACAUGUCUUUGAGUCAGUAGAAUUAUUGGUAUUCAUUUUAACGUGAAGGCAUGUAGCCACGAGCUUCUGGGUCCUUUACUGAACGCGGACGCACACGGACGCACGGGAACGCACGCGGACGCAAGGGGACGCACGCGAUUGCGUGUGAUAGCUGUGAUGGCGCGAUGCGGUAACCAGGCCAACCCGGUUGACGCGCUCUCCCGGUGCCUGCUCCUGCUGCUCUUCGUGCUCCACCGCGCGGCGGAGGGAUAUAACCUCGACACGCAGCACGCCAUCGGGGUCUCGGGUCCGAGCGGCUCCCGGUUCGGGUACUCGGUGCUGCUGCACCGCCACCUGCACCACACCUGGUUAGUGGUGGGGGCCCCAGAAGCCAACAGGUCGUCCAGCUCGCAGGUUCGAUCCCCGGGGGCCGUCUACAGAUGCAAGGUCUCACCUGGCCCCAGAACAGAAUGUCUCCAACUCCCCUCCGACAUGAGCAGCAGCUGUGGGAAAACCUGUGAAGCUGAAUCUGAUUAUCAGUGGCUGGGAGUCAGUCUGUCCAGGAACCAUGGAGACGGGCGAAUACUGGCUUGUGCUCACAGGUGGAAGAAUGUCUUCUAUUCUCAAAGAGAUGAGGAGAACAACAAAUUACCCAACGGAAUCUGUUAUCUCUAUGGCAACGAUCUGAGGCAAUCACAGCCUAUAAUACCCUGCUAUAGAGACUACCAGUGGAAGUUUGGGGAGGAAUACGGGGCCUGCCAGGCCGGCAUGUCCACCACACUCACCCAGGAUCUGAUGGUCAUCGGUGCUCCCGGCUCCUCCUACUGGACAGGGUCGAUCCUGGUCUACAACUCCUCCAGCAGAGUCAUGUCUGCCUACCUGGACAAUGAUUCUGGAUCCGUGAAGUUCGGGAGCUACCUUGGUUACUCUGUGGGUACAGGCCACUUCCUCCAUCCUACUUCCACAGAGGUGGUGGGGGGGGCUCCAAAAUACAGCCAGACAGGAAAGGUGUUCAUCUUCACAGUGGAUGACAACAUGCUGAGGAUCCUCACAGUGAUCUCUGGAGUUAAGCUGGGCUCUUACUUUGGGGCCAGUGUGUGUGCAGUGGAUCUCAAUGGAGACAGACUCUCAGACCUUCUGGUUGGUGCUCCCAUGACAACCAGUACCAUGGCAACAGGCGUUGCUAGGGAGGAAGGAAGAGUCCAUGUCUAUAUCAACCAGGGACAGGCUAGCAUGCUGGAGGCUAGCUUCCAGCUAGCUGGGGGACACUCGUACGCCGCUCGUUUUGGAGAGACCAUUGCUGACCUAGGGGACAUCGACCACGACGGUUACCAUGACGUGGUGGUUGGCGCCCCCCAGGAAGCAGACUUACGGGGGGCCGUCUACAUCUAUAACGGCAGGAGAGAUGGAAUCUCCCAGCAGUACUCUCAAAGGAUCUCCGGAGCUGAUGUCGGUCGUGACCUCAUGAUGUUUGGCCAAUCACUGACCUCCGGUGUGGAUAUUGAUAACAAUGGUUACCAAGAUGUUGCUGUAGGGGCGUACCUGUCGGACUCAGCAGUGGUUCUCAGGACCCGGCCCGUGGUGAGGGUGGAGGCGUCCUUGCAGCUGCCUGACAGUAUUGAUCCCAGCCUGUUAGACCAGUACCCAGCACCCCCUGCUGUCAACGUGUCUGUCUGCUUCACACUCCUGUCUGCCCACUACAAAGGACUGAUAGAUCUUAAAUACUCCCUUGUUGCUGACCUCCUCCAUAAGCACAUCCUCCCCAACAGGUUCUAUUUCCAUGGAAACCGAACCUCCAAUCAGACGACAGGGCAUGUCAGAGCCAGACAUAACCAACUCACCUGUACCAACCAUCUGGCUUACCAGAGGAGGGACACCAGGGAUGUCUUCACUAAGGUCCUCUUCCAGGUGUCCUAUGCUCUCAGUGAAUCCAGCCUUUACAGAGGAAACAGCCGCAACUACCCUCCCCUUAAACCACUCCUUCAGCACAACCUCCAUGGCAACAGCAUCACUAACCAGACUAGUUUCUUCCGUUCUUGCAUCCUAGCCAACUGCUCCACUGACCUCCAGCUAUCAGCUCAGCUCGAACAGUGGAAUGGGAGUUUUUACUCCCAGGAAAGUGGGCGGAGCUUCAUGUUGGGAAGUGGGCAUGGCCUGGUGUUGGUCGUUGGUAUUUUCAACAGAGGAGAUGACUCCUUCCUGCCAACGUUGACCGUCCACCUGCCUCCGAACAUACACUACGUCAAAGUACUGCCGACUGAGGACGGUCCCACUGGCUGUGAUGUAUCGGAAAAUGCCAACAGAACAACUGUAUAUUGUAGCAUCUCUAGCUUCUAUCUAGUUGCUCAUGCUAAGGCUGAGCUCAGGUUCCUGCUGGAUGUGAACCGGAGUACUACACCUGGUGAUGUCAUCAUCUCUAUGAACGCCAGCAGUGAUAACUAUGAGCAUGAAGACUAUCUCCAUGACAACGCAGUCAGACUGGUCCUACCUCUCAGAUAUGGAGUCGACAUCAGCAUCCACGGUUUUGUAUCGCCCACAUCCUUUGUGUUUGGGAACCGGGAGACCUCACAAGUCAAGUGUUUUUCUGAAUCCUUCAACUACACGUACAAGGUGUUGAAUGUGGGUCCCAGUAGGUCAGUAGGGACGGUGGUGGAGGUGGAUCUUCCUAAAACUGUCUCACCUCAUCGCUACAGACUGCUACAGCUGGUAGACUGGCAGGUGUCUCAGGGCUGGUGUGGUCGUGGAGAGGAGGCAUUAGGAGGGUCUUCAGCGCUGGAGGACUGUGAUGUCCCUCAGCUCUCCUUCAUCAGACACCUCUUCCUCUUCUUCUCAUCCUUUUCCUCCCGGACAAUGUUCUGUAGCCAUGGUGACCUGCUGUGUGAGCGCUUAGUGUGUAACCUAGGUUACCUGGAGCCGGGCAGCGAGGCCACCAUCGCCCUGGAGAUAGGACUGAACCCUGCAGUCCUGCAUCACAGUCCGGAUCGUCAUAGUUUGAUGCUGCUGGAAAGUUCGGCCAUCUUGACGUCUCCUAGCAACGGAGAUCAAAGCAUCUUGCUGCAGCCUCGAGCCCUGGCACGGGUGGUGCUAGAGGCUCAUUCCUCCCAGAAGCCAUCAGGCAGGGUUAAACUCUUCAUCAUCAUCAUCAGUCUGGUUCUGGGCCUACUGAUACUGGCUCUGCUCAUCUACUGCCUGUGGAAGGCAGAGUUCUUUAAGCGAGAGUUCCAGAAGGACGAGGCCAAGAGAGACAGCUGGGACUAUGUCUCCAAGAGCACCUCCUCCUCCUGACCCCCUUCUGACCUCAUCCCCCUCCUCCUGACCUCUACCUCCUCCUCCUGACCUCGUCCUCCUGACCUCAUCCUCCUCCUCCUGACCUCCUCUUCCUCCUCCUGACCCCCUCCUGACCUCCACCUCCUUCUCCUGACCUCCUCCUCCUGACCUCCUCCUGACCUCUACCUCCUGACCUCUACCUCCUCCUCCUGACCUCUACCUCCUCCUCCUGACCUCCACCUCCUCUUCCUGACCUCCACCUCCUCCUCCUGACCUCCUCCUCCUCCUGACCUCUACCUCCUCCUCCUGACCUCUACCUCCUCCUCCUGACCUCCACCUCCUCUUCCUGACCUCCACCUCCUCCUCCUGACCUCCUCCUCCUCAUGACCUCUACCUCCUCCUCCUGACCUCCUCCUCCUGACCUCCACCUCCUCUUCCUGACCUCCACCUCCUGACCUCCACCUCCUGACAUCAACCUCCUCCUCCUGACCUCUACCUCCUCCUCAUGACCUCUACCUCCUCCUCCUGACCUCCACCUCCUCCUCCUGACCUCUACCUCCUCCUCCUGACCUCCACCUCCUCCUCCUGACCUCAAUCUCCUCCUCCUGACCUCCACCUCCUCCAUCUAUUACUCAUCUCCUCCACCACCACAUCCUCACCACCUCAAGACUAGUCAACAGCGAUGCAGAACAGCCUGUUUUCUGACUGAAAUCCUUGAUGCCAUGUGAGAUGUGUGCCUUGCUGACGGGGUGUGAUUCUCAGAUUAGUCAUCUUUCAUUAUUAUUUUAUUCUGUGUUAUUCUCAGAUCUGUCUUUUAUAUUAUUAGUAAAUCAUGUGCUUAAGGUUUUUUUUUACACCAGGGCUGCGCUGCGGUGAGUUGAGGUUUAUGGCAUCUAGUGGAAAAUGGGAUAUAAUAUUCAUAAGUAGCUUUUGGUUAGUGUAGAAUCCCAUGAAAAUAAGACCAUAGAAUUUUUCAAUGUUAAUCAAAAUCACCAUCUCACUUGUAAGAUAUUACCUGUAUUUUUACAGACAAAAUAACUAAAUACAAUUUAUAAUCUUUAAGGGAGUCUUGUAGAUGUAGGUGAUGACAGGCCACUCACGGCUGAUAGGGGACAGGUGGGGGGGGGGGGGGCUGGUUGCAAGGCGCCACAUCCCCCUCCACUGCACUUUGGAAUCAUUUAAAAACAUUGAACCAUUUAAAUUGCAUUUAGCAAGAAAGCAUUUCUUUGUUUGUAUGCAUCAAGGUACAUUUCCUUCCGCAUAUUAAAUUAGAACAACCAAUCAAAUUGAGCCGGUCUGAACGCCCUCCUCCGGUCUGAAAGGAGACAGGUCCACCACCACCAAGUGCUGAAGAGUUUAGAUAUAUGUAUAUUUUUGGUUAACCAGAGAGACUUCGUCAUGUUUGUAUUUGUUAAAAUAAAUGAUUAAACAUGUCAUUAAACAAAAGUCUGUAUGUACCAACACCAGAAGGGACUUUGAGGGAGAGCCAGUACAAGGGGUCUCAGGGCCAGUGUGUUUCAGAGGCUAAAGAAUGUAACGCGGCCAAUGCUUAUUAUUUAUGUUGUGGUUGAGUCUGUAUGGGGGGGAUAAAACGUCCCAGAGGAGCGAGGACACCAGUCUCCUGAACCUCCGUGGUGUUCUCCUGACUCCCCUCAAGUAGAGGGGGUUCACUGGUCUAGUGUUUGUUUCACCUUCUCUGGCUGUGGCUGUCCUGUGGCUGUGGUCCAGCAGCAGAGCCUCAUCUCUACCGCCUGAAUGUCCUUAAGUUUCAUGUCACUUCUAUCGUUAGAAAAAAAAUAAAGUUAUUGA